AUGGGGCACGCUGUACACCAGUUCAAGGCUUUAUUUUGGAAGAAUUGGAUCUGCCGUGUGAGGCAUCCGAUCCUGUCUCUUACUGAAAUACUCUGGCCAUGUGUGCUUUUCCUGAUUCUGGCUGCAAUCCGCUUCCAGGAGCCCCCAAGAUACAAGGAAAACUGUUACUUAGAAGCUCGGGAUUUACCAAGCCAGGGCCUUUAUCCUUUCAUGCGGACCCUUUUCUGUAAUGUCGGUUCAAGAUGCAAGAACACUAGCUAUUCAACACAGAAAAUCAACCACUUACGUUUUACUGCAGGCACUCAAAGUGGUCCAGAGAGAUUCACAGGACCUGAUCUAGACUUCAUGAAAGAUAUAGAAGAACUUUCAAAAGGAUUUAUUGAGACUACAGAGAAAACUAUGAGUUUAGAAAAGCUAUGGGAGGAAAACUCAAAGUUCUCAGGGCUCCAUAACAUCACCAAAUUUCUUACAAUGGAUCUGAAUGAAGUGGAGGAAAUGAUUUCUAGGGCAGAAAACCUAUACAAGCAACCAUAUUUCUGGAGCCUUCUACGUUCACUCCCUCAUCUUGAAUUGAACAGCUUUUAUACAGAAGAUGAGUUAGUUGCCAUAGCACAGUUUCUAAAAGUUAUUGAAAAUACCCUAGCAGAACUCAAGAAUUUGGGUAUGAUGCCAUUGGGCCAAAGUUUCUAUGAAGCUGUGAAAACAGCACUGAAUUUAACUGUUCCAUCAGGACAGGAUAGGAGCUUAAAAGGUUUCCAAUAUAAUCUUUCUCUUGGAGAUGUUUUCUGGAAUCCACAUGCUGUGAGAGCAGAACUUAUAUCCAAGUUUGGUUUUGAUGAUCUUCAUGUUGAAAAACUGCUAAGUUAUACAGCACAAUUAACAAAGGUUCCCACAGAGGAGACACUGGAGCAGUUUGUGUGCUCUGCUCUGUCAAGUGUUUCAAAAGAUGAAGCAAAUAAAGAGAAUAAUGAGGAGGACUGUAUUACUACAUGGCAUGAGGCCAAACUGUAUCUUGUUCAAGCUGUCAGCAAGAUCAGACUCUAUGCACAGGUAUUUGAGCAAUGGUUCGGGAGAAGCAGGCUCUCUCAGCAACUUCUUUUGGAACUUGAAAGAAUCGUAGCUGGUUUAAUGUCUCAGUUUCUAGAUGCCAGGGUCACUGGGAAAUCUUAUUCAGAGAUAAAUAUCCUGAUCCAGCAACUAAAUGAGAAAUCAGAUGCCUACUUUUCAGAAGGAUAUAUUGCAUCUCAUGACCUGAUUUUGGCAUCUUUCAAAGAGUUUUUCAACAGAGAAGAAAACUUAAGGAUAUCUGAAAAAGAAAUGGAUCAUAUUUUUCUUCUUCUAGAGGUUGUUGAAUAUAUUAUAAUGUUUGAUUUCUCAGGUUCUUCAAAUCAGUCUCUAAUUGAAAAUAUAUUGAAUAAUACAAUUAUAUGGAUGAGAAAUUUUGCUGAGGGGAAGGAAUCUGCCACCAAUUUCUCACUUGCAGUUUCUGAAAUCCAUAAUGAGCUACACAAAAAUUUCCAGCUUCUUCAGAGAUUAUGGAUGAAAGAGAAGACAGAAUUUUUCUGGCAUAUAGUAAAUAUUGUAUUAUCUGAACUUGAUUCUGGACUCUCUCCUCUGAGGCAAGUGGAAGAGGAGAAGAUAUUUGAGGCCUUAUCCAGAAUUGUAUUAUCCAUUACAGAAAACAAAAUCCAUAAUAGGAGUAUGCUAUUACUUCAAAAUAUCCUGACUGACUGGCUCGAGUUAAAAGUUGCUGCUUUGAAGUAUCAUGUGCUGAGUAAAACCUCCUCUUCAUUUCUCUCAAAUGUAACUUUUAUAUAUAAAAUACAACAAUUAGAAGAAAUUGUGCAUGAUUUCUUCAAAAAAUUAAAUGGUACUAGUGUGGCCUUGCUUGUUCCAACACUUUUCUCUCUGUAUCAGAAUGGUGAUCUGAUCUUAAAUUCUGAGAGUAAUAGCACUUUGUUAGCAUUUCUUUAUGAGAUUUCAGAAGGUGUUUCAUCUUAUCAAGUAUGGCAUGAAUUCCAGAAUAGGGAUCAGGUUUUUGAUUUUCUGUCUGAAACAUUUUAUCUUUUCUGGAACUUCACCAGUAAAUCUCUUUGUGAAAAGUUACUAAUCAUCUACAACUACACAGAGUUUCAGGCCCAGUCUCUUUCAGAAAAAGGGAAAAAAGAGAUGCAAGUUGUCUAUAGCACUCUGAGCAGCCUUAAAACUUUGUUUGUAGAUGAAGAACUUCAAACAGCUGCCUUGUGUUAUUCGGAAGAAUUUCUUGUUCUUUCCCCAAAUUGCCUGGUAAAUAAUGGGUGCACUGAUUUUAAUGUAUCAAACAUUACUUCUGUAGAUCAUUCAAAGGAGCUCUACAACUUAUUUCUUCCACUGGACAGUGUUCUGUCUAAUAUAACAAACUUGGGAGAUAAGAUAACUGUGCCUUCUGCUUUGCGUUGCACUUUUACAUGGCUUCAAACCUGGACAGAGAUUUUUGAAGAAGCAUCCAAAAUCUUAAACUUGAAUUCAACUUUUUUUGUCUGUCUAAGAAAUGAUUUGGCAAAUCUUUCAGAAAAUCUUUUAAAUGGAACUCAUGAUGAACUGUGCAAUAAUACAGCCAUGAUUAUGGCUGAAGCUACAACAAUAGCAAUGAAACUAUUGAAAAGCAUAUUUGACUUAAAUGACUGGAAAGAUUUUGAAGUUUUCCUUGCUAAUCUUCAAAGCAUAUUUAACAAUGCAGCUGAUGCCACAGGCUUACUUAAAAGUAACAGUUCAGAAAGUGUAGAAAUGAUGUCAGUCAUGAUAACUGAAUUGCAGAAAUCAAUACUGAAGGUUGUUAAUGGAGAGCUUUUGAACUCUUGGCUUGAAACUUUCAUUUCAGAAGGAUCUAAGGGAGAAGAUACUGGUGUAUUUUCUAUUGGAAAUUCCCUUUUUACUAUUUUGAAGGUCUCCCAAAAGGAACUUGGAACCAUUUUCACUGAGAUAAAAGACACAACUGCUUUCUUUUUUCAAGAAAAAUAUAUGGUUUGUAUCAGCAUUUUCCAGAACAUAACCAAGAUAAUUUUGGACAAUACUCUGAAAGACAUAACACAUUCACAAAGAAAUUUUUCCCAUCUUCUUAAUUCCUUUGUAAACUUUCAUAGUACAGUGGAAGAAAUAGAAGACUGUAACCAAUGGAUACAUGGAUUAAGUAAUCUUGCUGAAAAAUACAAGUCACAUUCUCACUUUGAAAAUACAAAACAUAUUUUAUUUCUACUGAAGUCUCUUGGAAAUAUUGAGACAGAUACUAAGCUAAUAAACACGAUGGACUUUGUUAAUUUGAUUUUUAAUUUGAUACUCCCUGAAUGUUCCCUGGCUGGUUCUGAUGCAAUUUGUGUAAAUGUUUAUUUCAAUAUUAUAGCAAAAACUUUAAAAUUUAUUCUUCCUGAAUUUUAUGUAAAAGAUGAUAUUAGUGUGCUUGAAUUUAUUUUUACACUUUUAAAUAACUCUGGAGAACAAAUACAAAUGGUUGUUAGUGACUUAGUGAGGCACUCAUUGCAGGCAUUGAAUAAGACUCAUUUUAAUCAGUCACUCCAUGGAUUUAACAGGACUUCAAGGAUGUUCCUUAAUCCUUUCCACCAUGUUCAGCUUCUGUCAACAGAACUUUUUGCAGAAAUUCAAGCUCUUCUGAAAAAUAAAACUUUUGAAAUCCAAGAAAAUAACUCCUCUCAUUUGGAUAUUGAGAUUGAUUAUUUCUUGCAUGAGAAAAAUGUCAGUUUGUUGAUGGAGUUCUUUCAAUAUGUGAUUAGUAAAGUUAACUCAGAUUUGCAGGGUGAACAGAAAAUAUUUCUCCAGAAACUGAUAGAAAGAGCAGCUCUGAAUAUUGAACUGGUAAGGAAGGCACUUAAAAUUUUCAAGUCCUCUAGAUUUACUGGCUUUCCAUUAAGAGAUAAAGAGUUUCUAAAGCAUAUGGUAGCCUUGGUGCAAAAUAUGAAGAACAUGGAUGUUGAAUUCUUGAUAAGUCAAUUCAAACAAGUCCAGAGGACCCUAGAUAAUUUCUUUAAAAACACCAAACCUUUGUAUAUUGAGAACUCCGAGUUAGGAAAGUUAACAGAAUGGUGGGAUGCUUUUGAGAACAAUUUGUGUAAUUGGAAUCUGACUGGCUUAUGGCAAAUAGCAAGACUCUUUGAACAAGAUGAGUUCUACGAUGCAGAAGAGAUGUUCCGUCUGCUCCUUGACGUUGUCAGCCUUAUAGACAGAUUAGCUCAUGAAAACAUCACAGAAGCACUGACUGAAGUAUAUGCUUUCAUACUGACUCAGGAAGAAAAAAUGCCAAUGUUUACUGAAAAGGAGUUCUCUAAUCAAGUAGAAGGUCUUUUAAUGUUACUGAACACACUGACAGAUACGCCAUAUAAACCUGCAGAGGUCUCAAUUUGUUUUUCUGCAGCAUUCUGCUGGACUUCCGCAACAGCAACACCCCAGAGUGAUCCCACCUUAAAACCUUGUGACUUUGUUUUUAGCAAUUCUACUCUUAGUUACGAAGCAGUCUUUGAAGUUAUUAACGAGCUGAAAAUCAUCACACUGAAGGAUAGUUCCUCAUGCACUGUGGAAGACAUUCAGAUGGAUAUCACUCACAAUCUGACUUGCUUUUUUCAGCAGAUCCAGGAAUGGAACUCUAUUCUUCUGAAGUUUUCUGAGCUUCGUCAUGUAAAUGGCUCUGUUCUCAAAGAGCUGACAGAUUUUUGGAAUGAGCUAUCCCUUUACACAGUACCACUGCAGGUGAAUAAUACAUAUUCAAUCAAUUGUUCCUCCACACCAAAGAGACAAGUGGCUUUACAAAUUGUAGGAACACUAGGAAGUAUGCCAGUAGCAGAAAUGGAGAUGGCCAAAGGUGUUCUUGAACAGCUGGAUGAUCUUUAUGGUGACCUAAAUUGGAACAGGCAUUCAAGAACAUCACUUAUAAAGACUGUUCUUAGUAAUGUUAAGAAUAUGACCAGUGAAAUUUCUGGACUCUUGGAUACAGAAGCUGUCCUUUCUUUUCUUUCUCUAGUUCAGCCUUUAAUGAUGCUGUCUUCCCUUGGAAACCAGACAUACUCAAUGCUUAUGAUAUUAUCAACUUUAAAUGGAAACAGUAAUAUAUCUGAUAACUUUGAGAACUUCUGGUUUCCCAUAGUUACAAGCAUAGAAGAUUUAUUGGUGGAUUUUAAUGUUGGACACAUAGUUGCAGUGAUAGACCAAGAGUUGCAAUUACUAAGGUUAGCCACUGGACAGUCCCCUUCAAUGGCUCUUGAUGUUCCACUACAGCAGUUUAAUACAUCAUCUGUUGAUGACAUGUUGAGAAAUUUUGAAGACAUGCAAGAGAUUGUGAACAGCUUUCUAUGUGAGUGUAACAGUAAAAAUUAUUCUAAAAUAAUGUAUACCAUAAUUCUCCUUAUGGCUAAUGAAAAUUUAUCAAAUGACCUACUGCUAAUCAUCGAAGACUUUAUUGACUUCAUGGAACUAUACCAAAAUAAAUCUAGAAGAGAUGACAGUCAUAUAUUUGUUCAGGGUCAUCUUAGAGAAAAAAUAAAUAAUACUCAUUCUGCUAAUUCAAUUUUGCUAAACAGUUUACUUCAUAUAAUUGCUGAUCUUGCUGUUAUAGAAGAAGCUCUGAACACAAAGAAUAGUGAGCUUCAGAUAUCUGACAUCAUUGAUUCAUUUUUUGAUAAUGUACAAUAUAGACAAGUUUUUACUCAGUCCCAAAACAGAACUCUGGAGAUCAUGCAAGAGAUGUUGCAAAUGUUAUUUCAAUCUACCGCAGAACAUGGCAGGAACAAAACAACCUUCUUGCUAAAGGAUUUGCAUAUGGAUAUAAUGGCAGAAAUGAGAUCAUCUAAUAUCUGCAAGAUUCUUCAGAAACAUUUAGACCCUACUAGUGUCCUACUAUUUCAGAAGUUGCAGUUUACCAUUUUGAAUCUUCUUAACAUUUUUUCAGAAGUCCCAGCUGCCAGUGACAACCUUUUUUGUGUUGUUACAAAGUGUAAAGAUGGAUUCGUGAGUCACUUACUUCUCUCUUUCAUUGAAGGAAUCACUCUGGUUCAGGAUCGUUAUCAGGAUAUUGAAAGAAUGUGGCCUGCUUUCAACAGUGGGGAUUGUGAGAGUAGGGCAUUUAUAAACCAAAAACUUUUCAGUACUUUAGAGACCUUCCUGGGAACCUUGAAGAAAACCAGCAAUGACAGCUGUGAAUGUCAACUAAUGUUGGAACACAUCCAGAGACAACUGCAAAUGGUGGCUGAAAAUUUGGAGCUACAUUUCUCAGAAAACCCAGCAACAGCUUUUCUCAACAAUUUGAAUCUUUUGAAUGAUGUAAAAGUCAAAGAGUGUGUGCAGAAUCUUACUCAGUUAAGACUGGACAUUGCUUCUUCUGUCAAUGUUUCUGAAGAAACUAUUAGUACCAUCUUGGAAGCCAGUAUCUCUCAUUCAAAGGUCUUUCACAGUGCCUUUGUGGUAGCUUUAACUGGAAGAUGUGAUGAAGAAGUGCUUAGCUUGAUGUUAAACCUACCUGAACACAGUAAAACUUCCCUGGUAGUGGAAGAAUUAUGUUCUUUACCAGCACUGGACUUGUACACCACGUUUGUACUGAUUAUACAGAAUUUGAAUUUACGUUAUAUCAUGUACAAGGUUAAGAUACCAUCUGAGAUAGGCAGUGUGUUAAACACGCUACUGGAUGUGGUUUCUAGUAUCAACUCUCUUCUCAAUGAAGUCCACCAUGUCAUGGAAAACCUUCCAGCAUUCCUCCAAGGAAUUCAAAAUAUUGGUGUGCCUGAUAUCUCUGCAUUGCAGCAGUUCUUGCAAGGUGGGCAGUUCAGAAGUUCAGCUGUUGGAUCCUUGGCAUCUGUAAUCAAUGCAGUGUGUAAAGAAGAAUCUUCAUUUUUCAGCAAUGCAAACCUGUUCAUUGACACACCCAGAACUGUGGGACUCUUGGAGGACAAUAUGGCAAAAUAUAGCAUUCCUGAAGACUCAACUCCAUUUUGCCUGAAGAUUUAUCAGGAGAUUUUGCAGUCUUCUAAUGGGGCUUUGCUAUGGACUUUCCUGAAACCUUUAUUACAUGGGAAGAUACUGUACAAUUCUAACAUCAACAUGAUUGACCUGGUGAUGGAGAAGGCUAAUUUCACUUUUGGUUUUGUGGAAAGCUUGAAGACAUAUUCUGAGACAUGGCUUAGAAUGUCUGAGGUUUUUAAAACUAGUGGAAGUGUCCUCAUGGUCUCACGACUGCAGGAAACCCUGCAAAGUAAUUUCAUGAAACACUUUAUAGAAAGUAAUUUGGAUAUUGACAUAGAAGAACUCUUGACAAAAAUGCAAGUAUAUGAAUCUACAAUGAACAAGAUGUUUAACAGCUCAGCAAGUAAACAGAUUGACCUGAUGUCACAGCUUGUAGUAAAUAUCUCUUCCUGUGUCUUACUGGACCGUUUCCAGUCUUUUGAUUCUAUUGAGAAACUGGAAGAGAAGGCUCAUGAACUCAUGCAGCAAAACAAUUUUUUGGCUAGUAUCAUCUUCGAUACGCCAAAGGACAAGAUGCAAGAUUCUAGCAGUGGCCUUCCACGACACAUUUCUUAUACAGUUAGAACCAAUGUUCUCUAUAGCAUGAGAACAGAUAUAAUUAAAAACCCAGCGUGGAAAUCCCACCCCCAGAAGUUGCCAGCUGAUGGGUUUAAAUACAACCACAUCUUUAUUCCUCUUCAAGACAUAAUUGAAAGGGCAAUUAUUUCAACACAGACUGGGACAGACACUUCAGAGCCAGCAAUUCAGGUGCAAGCUAUGCCUUACCCUUGUCAUACCAGUGAUCUCUUCUUGAACAAGAUAAGCUUUUUUUUCCCACUUAUGAUGAUGUUAACAUGGAUGGUUUCAGUUGCUGGCAUGGUUCGCAAGCUGGUUUAUGAAAGAGAAAUUCAUCUUGAAGAGUACAUGAAGACAAUGGGUGUACAUCCAGCCAUUCAUUUCUUUGCUUGGUUUCUGGAGAAUGUCAUUGUGCUCACCAUAAGCAGCUGUACUCUAGCCAUCAUUUUAAAAGCAAGUGGUAUCUUUGCUUACAGCAAUGGCUUCCUCAUCUUCCUUUUUUUCUUGGAUUUUGGAGUUACAGUUAUUAUGUUAAGCUAUUUUUUGGGAGCAUUUUUUAGCAGUGCUGAUACAGCAGCUCUGUGUGCCAGCCUUGUGUAUAUGAUCAGUUUUUUACCCUACAUAGUUUUGUCAGUCUUGCAAAGCCAAUUGAGUUUCACCAAACAGAUUAUAAUGUGUCUUCUUUCUACAACUGCCUUUGGGCAAGGAAUAUUCUUCAUUACGUUCUUUGAGAGCCAAGAAAUAGGAGUUCAGUGGAGUAAUGUGCACCAGUCAGUGGCACAAGGAGGAUACAUAACCUUUGGAUGGAUGUGCUGGAUGAUGUUCUUUGACUCCAUUUUAUAUUUUAUAGGGGGCUGGUAUUUCAGCAAUAUUAUUCCUGGACAUUUUGGAUUAAAAAAACGAUGGUACUUUCCUGUCACUGUUUCCUACUGGAAGAACCUGUGUGGAGCAGAGAGGAGGAAGAGACAUUAUCUGAAUUCUAAUAUGUUUUUCUUCAAUGAAAAUCUCCAAGAAAAAGCCCCAGCACCUCCAAGAUGGAAAGGCUCUUGCACUGAGGGAACCACCAUUGGCGUUGUGCUGCUGUCACUCACCAAAGAGCAUACGGAUGGCCAGAAGGCUGCUGUUAAAGAUCUCAGCCUCACUUUCCAUAGAGGUCAGAUAACAGCACUCUUGGGACCUAAUGGAGCUGGCAAGACAACGCUUAUAUCACUGUUGACUGGUGUGUAUCCACCAAGCUCUGGUACCAUUAUUAUUAAUGGAAAGGACAUUCGUACAGAUUUGUCUGCCAUCAGAUCAGAGCUGGGUGUUUGCCCACAGUAUGAUGUCCUGUUCAACAUACUAACGGUGCGAGAGCAUCUACUGCUGUAUGGAUCAGUGAAGGCACCUGGCUGGACAAAGGAACAGUUGAAUCAGCAGAUCAGUGGAGCUCUGGAAGAUCUGGGUUUGUCUCAACAUCAGUACAAACCCGUUGCAGCCCUUUCUGGUGGAAUGAAAAGAAGGCUUUCAAUUGCCAUCUCCUUUAUUGGAAACUCUAAGACAGUUGUUCUAGAUGAGCCCACCAGCGGAGUAGAUCCAUGCUCUCGCCGUAGCAUCUGGGAUGUUCUUCUGAAGUACAAAGCUGGUUGUACACUGAUCUUUACCACUCACCAUCUUGAUGAGGCAGAAGCGCUCAGCGAUCGCAUUGCCAUCUUACAGCACGGCCAGUUGAGGUGCUGUGGUUCUCCCUCUUAUCUGAGGGAAACCUAUGGCCAGGGACACAGUCUAACACUUAUAAAAAAGCCUUCUGUGACUGAAAUGCAGGAUCCUAAGCAUGUUACUGAGGUCACAUCUCUGGUGCAGACCCACAUCCCAGAAGCCUUCUUGAAAGACAACAGUGGGACUGAGCUGACCUAUGUGAUUCCUGAAAGAACAGAUAAGACCUCUUUUAAAGGUCUUUUUCAGGCUCUAGAUCAAAGUCUGAAUCAUCUACAUGUGACUGGCUAUGGCAUUUCUGACACCACCUUGGAAGAGAUAUUUCUGAAGCUACUGCAGGACUCAGAGAAGAUGCCCUGUGUUCCACAAGUAGCACACUUGGAUCAUACAAACACUGCUGAAUCAGCCUAUAUCUCACUCACAGGAGCCUCAAGUGUAUGCGGAGCCUAUCUUGUUCUUGCACAGAUUGUUGCCGUUCUGAUGAAGAGAUUUCACCACACUAGGCGAGACUGGAGAGGAAGUCUGACAAAUGUACUACUGCCUGUCCUCUUUGUUGCACUGGCAAUGGCCUUGUUUAGUGUGAAGCCGCUGACUGUUGAAUAUCCUUCUCUCAAGCUGACACCAAGACUUUAUGACAAUGCAGAAUCCUUCUUUAGCAUUGAAGAUGAUUACCUAGGAAAUCUUUCUCAUAUUCUGCUGAGAUCUUUCUCUGAUUGGGACCAUACAUGCAUGCAUUCUAAGCAAGGGAAAAAUAAUUCAUGUUGGGAGAUGGAAUCUAUAUCACUCAAUGAUUCAUGUGGAUGUGUAGCAGAACAAGAGAUUUGUUCAAGUUUCAAUAUAUCUGCUCCCUAUGUGAAGAAUAAGAAAGGACAUAUUUUGUACAAUCUUUCAGGGUUCCUUGUAGAAGAAUAUUUAGUGAGAGCUUCCAACAAAGCAAGGUAUGGUGGUUGGUCUUUUAGAGGGAGUCAAGUAUUUGAACAUCAAGAUAAAAAACUGAAUAACACCAAAUCUAAGGCUCUGGCUAAGGUGUGGUACAACCAAAAAGGUUUCCAUUCACUGCCAUCUUACUUAAAUGAACUUAAUAACUUCAUUCUCUGGUUUAAUUUGCCUCCUGAUGUGGACUGGAGACAGUAUGGGAUCACACUCUAUAGCCAACCAUAUGGAGGAGCUUUGCUGGAUGAGGAUAAAAUAAUGGAGAAUGUUCGUCAGUGUGGGGUAGCCCUGUGUAUCAUGCUGGGCUUCUCUAUCCUUACCGCUUCUAUUGGAAGUGCCAUUGUGAAAGACAGAGUAGCUGGCACAAAACGCUUGCAGCACAUCACAGGCCUGGGCUACAAAACUUACUGGCUUGCUCACUUCUGCUGUGAUAUGAUGGUUUACAUGGUUCCAGUUACCCUCUGUGUUGGUGUUAUUAGCGCCUUCCAGCUAUCAGCCUUCACUUUCCGAAAGAACUUGGCAGCCACUGUUCUCCUGCUGAUACUCUUUGGAUAUGCAACUUUACCAUGGAUGUAUCUUGUAUCCAGAUUCUUCUCAAGUCCAGAUGUAGCUUUUAUUUCUUACAUCUCCUUAAAUUUUGUGUUUGGUUUAUGUACCAUGCUGGUGACUCUCUUACCUCGUUUGUUAGCUAUAAUUUCCAAAGUACAGAGUUUUCAGAACAUCUACAAUAUCCUCAAAUGGGUGUUCAUUGUAUUCCCACAAUUCUGCUUAGGCCAAGGUUUAAUAGAACUUUCAUACAAUCAGAUCAAGUUUGACCUGACCAGCAACUUUGGAAUAGAUUCAUAUGUAAGCCCCUUUGAGAUGAAUUUCCUGGGCUGGAUUUUCAUGGAAAUGGCCCUGCAGGGAACACUAUUUCUUCUUUUACGGCUGUUUCUUCAUUGGGAUCUCCUCCAGAAAGCAAGGGGUCAGUGCUCAGUUAACAGCAUGAUCAUUACUUCUGAAGAUGCUGAUGUAGAAAAGGAGCGGCAGCGAAUCUUUGGUGGAAGAACUGGUAACGAUGUCCUUCUUCUGUACAACCUCAGGAAGUGUUAUGGAGGUUUCAGUAAGAAGAACACAGCUGUUGAAAGCAUAAGCUUGGGAAUACCAAGGGGAGAGUGUUUUGGACUCCUGGGAACAAAUGGAGCUGGAAAAAGCACAACAUUUAAGAUGUUGACUGGAGAUAUCAUCCCAUCUGCAGGACGUGCUGUUAUCAGGACUCCUACAGGGUCUGAAAUGGAUAUACUGUCUGCUAGCUCUGAAGGCAUUCUUAUUGGCUAUUGUCCACAGCAAGAUGCCCUGGAUGAACUUUUAACGGGUUGGGAACAUCUUUACUAUUACUGCACACUGCGUGGAAUUCCAAAACAGGAUAUCCACAAGGUCGCAGAGGAUCUCAUUAAUCGGUUACACCUCGGUGCCCAUGCUGACAAACUAGUGAGAACAUACAGCGCUGGCACGAAGAGGAAGCUCUCUACUGCUGUAGCUUUAGUUGGUAAACCCCAAAUACUUUUACUGGAUGAGCCAAGCUCUGGGAUGGAUCCCUGCUCUAAACGCUACCUUUGGAAAACCAUCCUGAAGGAAGUUCAGGAUGGCUGUGCAGCUGUGCUGACAUCCCAUAGUAUGGAAGAAUGUGAAGCCCUCUGCACACGGCUUGCUAUUAUGGUCAAUGGAAGUUUCAAGUGUCUUGGUUCUCCCCAGCACAUUAAAAACAGGUUUGGAGAUGGCUAUUCUAUCAAGGUUUGGCUUAGUAAAGAAAGAAGAUCUCAAAGAAUGAUUUUGGACUGUUUACAAAUGCAUUUUCCUGGAACACAAUUUAAGGGACAACAUCUUAAUCUGCUCGAGUACCACGUACCACAAAGUCAGGGAUGCUUAGCAGAGCUCUUCAGAGUCCUGGAGAAUCACAAAGCUUUUCUCCAAAUCAAGCAUUACUCCAUUAGCCAAACCACAUUAGAGCAGGUAUUCAUUAAUUUUGCUACACAGCAGGAGGGAAUCUCACAUUCUUUGCAAGAAUCUCCAAUUGUUCGUAACGGCCACCUGCCAGUCUAG